UCGUCACGUCCUGUAGUGUUGAGCUGGAGAAGAUGGCGGCUGUUGUAGUGAUUGUUGAUGGAGGAGUCUCGCCGCUGGAUUCGGACUCGCCGCGGUUACCGUCUCCAGCACCGGACCAACCGCACCAGAACAACGCGCUGCUGGGACUCCCGAUAGUGGCGAUUGACACGAUCCUAAACUUCCUGUCAUACGAUGAGAUUAGUCUGCUGCGGCUGGUGUGUAAACGUAUGGAUAUGAUUUGUCAGCGAAUGCUCAACCAAGGCUUCCUGAAAGUGGAGCGUUAUCACAGCUUGUGCCAGAAACAGGUCAAAGCUCAGCUGCCCAGGAGGGAAUCUGAGCGGAGGAACCACUCGCUAGCACGUCACGCGGACAUUCUGGCUGCCGUGGAAACACGUCUGUCCCUGUUAAACAUGACCUUCAUGAAAUAUGUGGAUUCAAAUCUGUGCUGCUUCAUUCCUGGAAAGGUAAUUGAUGAGAUUUACCGUGUUUUGCGGUAUGUCAACUCCACACGUGCACCGCAGAGAGCUCAUGAGGUGCUUCAAGAGCUGCGAGACAUCUCGUCCAUGGCCAUGGAGUACUUUGAUGAAAAGAUCGUCCCUAUCCUGAAGAAGAGGCUUCCAGGUGCAGAUCUCUCGGGUCGUCUGAUAGGAUCUGCUCCGGUUGCUGGUCCCUCCACCUCUCUAACCACCAUGUCUCUGUUGGCCAAAAACACUCCGUCACGCUCAGAGAUGACGAAGGUGCAGCAGCAGGUGAAGGUAAACAGCGCGUCCAUGACGGUAUUGCGGCGGGAGAUGCAGGAGGUGCGUGUGAAGCAGCUGGAGCAGCAGAAGCAGCUUCAGGACCAGGAGCAGAAGCUGCUGGAGCAGUCACAGGUGAUUGGAGAGCAGAACACACGGCUGGCCGAACUCGAGCACAAGCUUAGAGAACUGAUGGACAGUGCAGUCGGCGCUGGAGCCCCUGCCGUCGCCUCUGGCUCCUCCACCCCUGCGGCCACCGCGAGCACUGCCUCUGCUGUGCCCCUGCCCCCCUCCAUGGCCAGCGGCCCUGAAGGUGAGAGCGACCCGUCUGCAAAACGCAAGCGCUCGGACAUCCCUCGUCACUCCAAACGCCUGCGUAGCAAAAAAUAGGACAUUUCUAUAUAUACUUUUUUUCGUUUUGCUUUAUUCAAGCUAUAUCUUUUUUUUUUUCACCUGUCCAAUGAUGACACGAGUAUCACAUGGAGAUGAAAAAUACAUGGGAAAUUGUAAACAAGAGGGGUAUCUGUUGUUGUUUUAUCAGUUCUUGGUUUCCCUCAUAUCAGACAUGUGUUAUUACACUAAUAUGCUUGAGCCCCAUUGCUUGACUUGGAUUUCAAAAGGUUUUGCAUCUGCCUUGAGCAACAUUUGCCUUUCAUGUUUACCUAACCGUUAUGCCAGUGAGCUGUUAAUUUACCCAAGGAAACAUCAUUGAAUGUACAAAAGCUUUACUUUUCAGAUUAACAAGCUUUAGUCAGUCAACCACAAGAACUCUGGACACGCCUCCAUACUGAUGGCACUGAAGACUCUGCAAUACGGACAUACAUGUAGCUUCUUUGGCGCUUGGCAGAAGUUGUAACCUUAAAUCUGUACAACAAUGUUUAAAAAGUAAUAAUUAGAUUCCCUCUUGAAAUGGAGAACACAAAGUGUCUGACACCUGACUACUAAGUUAUAUAAUAUUAACAGUAAAUGUCAGUUUUGUUAUAUGUUCUAAGAGUGAAAUAUUUCUUUGGAGAUGUGCCUCGACAGUAUGAGAAUGGUCCGCAGAUCUCUGCAGCUGUAGCAUACAUGAUUGUAUUGUUUGUCUAAAAGAACAUCCGUCACUGAGGUCUUGUAGGUGUCAAUGCAAUGUUGUACCUGCCACUGUUUGUAGGUUUAUAAUUUACUGCAAAUAGAUCUGUGUCAGUGCAAUAAAAAUUGUGGAAAUCCUUGUUCCUAGGAAAAAAAAACAAAAAAACAAAAUAUAUAUAUAUAUAUAUAUAUAUAUAUAUAUAUUGAUAUAUCUAUAUAUUGAUAUAUCUAUAUAUAUAUAUUGAUGUUGCAAUUCAUUUAUACCUUGAACAUUUUUUUAUUUUUUUUUUAAUCAGUUUUUUGGUUAUGCCAAAAAAAUUGUUAGCAUGAUACAGCACUACAGCAGUUGUGCAACUUUAAAAAAAGAUCAUGUGGUAGUAAUUCAGUGCAACAUGAAUUAAAUGGGGAAAACAGUUUGAGAAAUUAAAUUGGAGGGACUCCUUUCAAAUCAAAGAGGGCAUUGCAUUGCCCGAUGCACAGAAGAUAACGUAUAAGCAAAUAAAACUGCUAUGCUUCUGUUUGCGAUUGUCACCAGUGAUGUCUCAUAGUAACCAAAUUGAUAAACAAUGCUGCAAUACUAUAUGUUGUAUAGGUAUACAAUUAUAAAAAGACAGUAUAAUUUACCGUAUUUUGAACACCUGUCCAUGCAAACAUUUGCUAAUCAGGCUUUAUCAUGUAAUGUAGGAACUUUGACUUAUUGAUUGAUAUUUAAUAAAAGUUAAU